GGGCGGAGAGCUUUCGGCUCCAAUAGUGAAACAACGGGAGCCCGGAAAGAGGGUGAACAUGAGCAGGAGAGAGAGAAGUUAUUGGAACGUUAAGCUCUCUCACAAAUCAUUUUGUCACUCUGACAAGCGAAGGAGAGAGAGAGAGGACUAAUAAAAGAGAGGCACAAGAGAGGAAGGAGGUGUGAGGGAUUUUGUUCUUUAGGACUCAAGGCAUGAAAGUGGACGGACAGAACUGAAGAGAAGCAAGAAGAGUGAAGGGAAGAGGACAUUUGCACCUCAUUUACUCUUGGUGUUACUGCGGUUCACUCGUUUACAGCCCAGGCACUUUUGGACGGUUCAUUUCUUUCAUCCUUUCGCUUUGCUCCAUCUGUCACUCGAAACUUGUGGGUUGAAGGUCGUGGUUCGUUUGUUUGCCCGACACAUUACAUCAUUGGGGCUCGGGUGUUUUCCAAGAUCUAUUUCUGUUUCAAUUUCCGUCGAUGGCCAUGUGAAUAGAUCUAUCCACAAAACCGGCUACUUACUAAAGGCUUUGCUACAUAAAGUUAUACUUAACUUUGAUGGUAAUUUGUAUUUUUAUUAAUAGUGUUAGUAGAAAAAAACUUCAACUGAGAGACUCAUUCAGCUUUUCAAGCAGACACAGCCCUUGUCUCAUUGCAAAUACACUUUGGAUCAGAGAGACAGAGACACAUGUGGAAGGCUCUGUGUCAAAAACCAUUGAAGCCGGCUGUGAGCAGAGAGGAAGAUUAUAGAGGAAACACGUUUACAAGCGUAUCAUUGUGUCUGGACAUCAGUGUGAGUGUGUUUUCACAGCAGGACUGAAGGCUUGUUCAAGACUGGGGGAAAGAAAAACAAAAAGUCAGUCCAGACACGUGGGCAAGAACAAGCUUUCUUCUGUGUGUGUCUGCCAGCAAUGAACCAGCAGUUAAAAAGCUAUCCAUGUGUUUUGUAAGUUUACGUAUUGCAUGUGCAUGCCAGGUAUCCAGGUAUAGCGUAUAGUGUUGCAUGCUCCGUGUGGAUGCAGAUCUGAGAGGUGGUACAGGCAACUUGGGAUCUCCCUAAACACACUGAAUUCAUUAAUAAAGGUGCUUUCCAAAAGCAUCAUCAGGCAGCAUACAUCAUUCACCUGUAACACUACCGUUAUUGUUUGAUCAGAGCACAUCACGUCAACCACGGCUCUAAGAACUCUGCCUUAAAUCGAUUUGAAGAGAACUCGGACUCACACUUGGCACCAUGAGGUUGUUUUGCUUGGCGCUGACAGCCCUCUACAUGGUGGCUGGCACAGAGAGCAUGUCAACCUGCAGGACUCUAGACCUGGAUCUGGUAAAGAAGAAACGGAUAGAAGCCAUCCGAGGUUUGAUCCUCAGCAAACUGCGCAUGGACAAAGAACCAAAGUCCGACGACGAGGAGGAAGGUCAGAGGAUCCCAGACUACCUGCUCUCGCUCUACAACAGCACGGUUGAACUCAACGAAGAAAUGAAGACGAAGCCCGUCCCCGUGCAGGCUGAAGAUGAGGACUACUUCGGCAAGGAGGUUCACAAGUUCAUCAUGCGGCAAGCCCCGAAUGGCACAAAGCAUCAGAUGCUUUUUAACGUGUCAGAGAUGCGUCAGGGUAUCCCAGACCACCGGCUGCUCUCUCAGGCUGAAUUACGGCUUCGAAUCAAGAAUCCUACCAUGGACCAGGAGCAAAGACUGGAACUGUAUCGUGGAGUGGGUGAUCAGGGCCGAUAUCUGGGCACUCGAUUCGUCUCAAAGGACUCGGCCAAUAGCUGGCUCUCAUUCGAUGUAAAGCAGACAAUCACAGAAUGGCUCCAGAGUUCAGAAGAGGAACAGAGUUUGGAGUUAAGAUUAUACUGUGGAUGUAAGGCAGAAAAAGACCAGCAGAAGUUCCUUUUUACCAUAUCAGGACUUGACAAACAGAGAGGUGACACAGGUCCUCUGGCAGAAAUGAUGGUGAAACCAUACAUCUUAGCUUUGUCUUUGCCGUCUAAUGGCAGCUCUCUUGCAUCCGCUCGUAGGAAACGAGCCGUCGGCGCAGAUGAAACCUGUGAUGAAAAAUCUGAGACUUGCUGUAUGCGAAAGCUUUACAUUCACUUUCGCAAUGAUCUGGGUUGGAAAUGGAUUCACAAACCCGAGGGUUACCUCGCAAACUACUGCAUGGGUUCCUGCACCUACAUCUGGAACGCUGAGAACAAAUAUUCACAGGUACUAGCUUUGUACAAACAUCAUAACCCUGGAGCAUCUGCUCAGCCUUGCUGUGUACCUGCAGUCAUGGACUCUCUGCCAAUUAUUUAUUAUAAGGGAAGACAACCUAAGGUGGAGCAGUUGUCCAACAUGGUGGUGAGGAGUUGCAAGUGCAGUUAAAGUUGAUCAGCAAGUCUUCCAGAGCUUUCUAUCUGACUCUAUCUGAAUGAUAAGCAAGCAAACGGACAUAGCCACACAUGGAGAGGUGGACUUUAAAGAUGGGAAAAUUAAAGAAGUGUCAAAAACGAAAAAAGCAGUGAGGAUAAAGUUCGGCUUAAAUGGAAAUCCCAAACUUUUUUCUCAGCUGUGGACCUCUGUAGUGAAACAAGAACCCACACACAGACAUGAAGCAUUUCAUCAAACAAGCUUAAUAUUAUACCAAAUAUAUGCUUUGUUAUA